AUGAAGUCAAUUAGUGAACCGAAACAAGUUAGUUUUACACCAUAUAACGAUUCUCAAAUUAUGGAAAUAAUUAAAGAUCGUCUUUUAGCUGCAGCCUCUGCAGAAAAGGAAAAUUCAAUUAUGAUGUCAGAAAAACCAAUAUCAUCAUCUUUGAUGCAAGAUAAAGCAAUUGAGCUUUGUGCAAAAAAAGUUGCUGCUUGUAAUGAUUCUGAAAAUUCAUUAGAACAACAACAAAAAAUUUCAAUGCCAGAAAUUACAAUUACACAUAUUAAUCAAAUUAUUAAUACAGACAUCAUCAUUUCACCUAUUACAAAUAGAUUGCGAUCUUUGAAUCAUGCACAAAGUAUGGCAUUAUUCGCAAUAGUAUGUUUAAUCAAGAAAAAAGAGAAAAAAAUUGAUCUUACAAAGUUGGUGGCGCAUAAUCGUGAUGAUGAAAAAAUUGCUCAGGAAAUUGGUGCUGAUAAAGUGAUAUAUCAGGAAUUGGAUGAUCUAAUAGAAUCUUGUAGAAAGUUUAAUCGAAAUAUUUUAAAUUUUGAUUGA